AUGACGGAGUUACCGGGGCCGAGCUCCUUUGCUCCACGUUUCUUCUGGAUACUAUCUCAAGCUUGGGGAUUCAUCGGAUUUCAUCCAAGUCCUCGGCUUGACUUGGCAAUAUUUGUAUUCUAUAUCUGCUCCAUUGACAUUUGGUUCUUUUUCUCCAUGACUCAAAUACCCACGCCACCAGCCUCGCGACCGGGCUCGGAGGCCCCCGAAGUGACGGUGAAGGCAGAGCCUUUAGAGGAUUCGGUGCAGUCUUUGGAUACACUUCUCGAGAAGUACUUGCACUUGCUUGAUCGCCAGCAAAAACUACAUUCAAGCCUGGCAGAACAACUGUCGUCGGGUUUCUUUGCUCUCGCCCAGGCCAAUUUCUCCAGUCCUCCUGGGCGUCGUUAUGGUGCUGAUUAUUACGACGAGCGCAUGAAAGCAACGAGAAAGAUAUCAAUCCAAUCCGAACAAAGCACGGAGAAAUCCACGGACGAUCCGCAAGAGAAACAUGGCACUACUGCGCUACCUGGUUCUGAAUACACAUUCUCCGUCAAGACCACACCCAGUCAUCCAACAGAAGAGGCCGGUGGGAACGACGAAACCAAAGCCUCUUCCCCGGUCCUAGGUGGACAUCUUGAGGCCUCCGAGGAAACUAGCCUGGCCGAGACGGCUAGCUCGAAGCCCUCUGACACUACAGAAACACAACCCAUCCCUGUCGAAAAACCAAAGUCAGUCUCUAAGAAGUUUCGUUCUGCCGAUCCAAUUCAUUGGUAUGGAAUACUGGUUCCCCAGUCGCUGCGCAGGGCGCAAGACUCUUUCGCAAAUGCGAUAGACAAUCAGGUGCCGGGUUUGGCUAGUACAACAGUUGAAAUGCGAGCCCUGGAGCAGCAGAUAGACCGAUUGCGGGCUCGGCUGGAAAUUGAAUCCUCCGACGUAACUACUUUGUAG